UAAAGUUUGAUUUCUGUCUUUAUUAGCACCUGGUUUUUGGUGGGAAAAUAUUUGUUUCCUUCUUUUACUGUCUGUAAAUUGUGUAUUCUCUAGAAAAUAAGACAUUUAGUGCAUGUUUGCUUCAUAAAACGUAUUUUAUUUUUUAAACACUUUUCAUGCAUAUGUAACUCUGCAUUACAUAAACACAUUUUUCAACUUAAAAGCAAAUAGCCACACCAAAAAAAAAUCUUUUUUUUUUUUAUUUAUUUUCAGUAUUACAAGUUAAGUAGGAUAUUUGUUCACGGUAGGGUGUCCAUCCAUCCUUUUGUUUUUUUGGUCUUUUAUUUUUUGUUUUUAAUUUUGUAUUUUCUUUGGGGGUUGUUUUUUUACAGGCGUUUUUGUGUUUUUUUUUCCUUUGUUAAUUUUGGAGGGGGGGGGGGGGGUAGUGCCCUAGCUUUUGGUUUUAUAUCCAACCAUGAAGUUAAGUAUUAGUUCAACGUUAUGGCCAUGUGUAAAGAAUAUGUCAAUAACAAACGUAUUAAUAAAGACAAAAUAUGGGUGUUUUAUUUUGAAAUUUUUAGGGAACUUGCCUUUGUAACAUUUUUGAAACGCUAAGCUUGCAGGAUUUUUAUCAUUCAAAAAAUAUAUAUAUAGCAACAGGUAAAUAUGUUUUUUAUAUUUUAAAUGUUUUUUAAUUAUUCAUGUUAUUUUGAAAUGACAGUCUGUUGCGCAUGUGUAAUAAACAGACACGUAAGUCAUAGUAAACGCAGGCAGAGCUGCGGAUGAACACCUCCGGUCAGAUCUUUUCUGUCGGCUAAACCGUCUGGCUCGUGGGCUCGUGUGUCUGGAACCCCGUUAAAGGCGCCGCGUCUCCGUCCGCCGUAGCGGGGAUGUGAAGGAACCGAGCCACAGAGUGAACAUGCUCCUCCAACUCGGAGCCCUGCGUGCAGCGGCGGGACACUCGGCCCUUUUGUCGCCCGCAAACCGGACCUUUCACGUCUGAAGCGUCAGCUGGAACGCGGCCGCUGAUGGAGGUGGGAAGCAGCAGCUCGGACGCCUCGGUGGUGCAGGUGAGCUUCCCCGGCGCCCAGACCUCCGUGCUGGACAGCCUGAACCGGCAGAGGGAGGACGGCAGCCUCUGCGACCUCUCCAUCCACGUCCAGGGACAGGUAUUCAAGGCCCAUCGCUGCGUCCUGGCUGCGUCCUCCCCCUAUUUCCACGACCAGGUUCUCCUGAAGAACAUGUCUGCAGUCUCCAUCCCGGCGGUGAUGGACCCGCUCGCAUUCGAGAGCGUGCUGAGCUGCGCCUACACCGGUCAGCUGCGGAUGCUGCGGGACGACAUCGUCAACUACCUCACCGUUGGCAGCGUCCUGCAGAUGUGGCACAUCGUGGACAAAUGCACGGAGCUCCUGAAGGAGGGCCGAGCCGCCGCGGGGGCCGGCACCGGAGGCGGGGCCGUGCAGGAAGGAGCAGGUGGAGGCGAACCGUCUGCCAACCAAGGAUGUAGCAGCAGCAACGCCAGCAGAGCUGCAGGCGGAACAAGUGGGGUCAGUCCGGGACGGGUUCUGGAGUCCAGUGAGCCCCAGCGGGCCGCUAACCCCCCCAGCCAGCUGCUGGUGUCUGAGAGCCAGUCCCCCAGCAGCACCAACUACUUCAGCCCCCGAGACGGAAGCAGCUUUGGGGGAGGCGGAGCCGCUGCAGCGGGGUCUGCAGUGGAUGGAGGCAGAGCCAGCAACACCCCCAGCUACUGCACCCCAUCAGGCGGGGAGGAAGCCCUCCUCAUUGAGGAAGAGGAGGAGGAUAUGGAAGAGGAAGAGGAGGAGGUUUACCAUCAGCGGAAGAGAGGCAGAGGAGGAGGCAGUGGCAGGAGGAAGAAGAUGAGCUCGGUGUCGGAGCAGGAGGUGGGGGUCAGCGACAGCUUCGGGGUGUCUUCUUAUCAGGAUGGCGAGGACGCGGCGAUGCCUCUGCAGAAACGCCCCACCUACAGUCAGCCCAGCAUCAUGCCCCGCAAACAGUGGGUGGUGGUGAAAACCGAACGCGCAGAGGACGACGACCUGAUCGUGGUGUCAGAGGAGGAGGGCGGCGAAGACGAGGAGGAAGAGGAGGAGAGAGAGAUGGAGCUGGUCCGGGAGAGAGAGAGAGGCAACUUCAACAUCUCCAACGUUAGGAGCCUUUCUGCUGAGCUGGGGGGUCGACCUGAGGGAGACAUGGACUCUCAGGUGGACUUCUGCCAGUCUUCAGAGGACUUCUUCAAGUUUGAGGGCAGUUUGAUGGAGCAGACUUUAGCUCAGCACCUUCAGGACAGCGCUGCGGGUCAGAACCAGAACUCUAACCGAGCCGUGUCGGCCCUGCUGGGUCAGGUCCAGAAUGCUUCCUCUGCUCGCGCUCAGCUCUUCCCCCUGGACAUGCAGGGGAACCAGAUCCUCCUGUACAGCCAGGCGUCUGGACUCCCCCUGGACUCUGCAACCUCCCCCCUGGGAGUAGCGGGGGGUGUGAUGGGAGGAGGCUCUUUUAAAAGUCCCAAUCUGGAGCACGGCGUGGUCCACCUGCAGGGUGGUUUGGGCGUGGAUGGGUCUGACAGUGGAGGGGUGGGGGCUGGAGGUGGGUGUGGUGGAGGCUCCGCUAAAGUGUUCAUGUGCCACUGCGGGAAGUCGUUCACCCACAAGAGCAUGCGGGACCGCCACAUCAACAUGCACCUGGACCUGCGGCCCUUCCACUGCCCCGUCUGCGCCAAGAAGUUCAAGAUGAAGCAUCACCUGACGGAGCACAUGAAGACGCACACCGGCCUCAAGCCGUACGACUGCCUCGGCUGCGGGAAGAAGUUCAUGUGGCGCGACAGCUUCAUGAGACACCGCUCACACUGCGAGAGGCGCGGCGGGCCCGGGGAGAGCGCGGAGGGCGGGGCCGGCAGUGACGGGGGCAGGCGAGGGGGCGGUGAGGAUGGAGCAGACCUCAUUUCCUCCCCUCACCUUCUCCUGUCUGCGGGAGAGAGAAGCCAGGGAGGGAUGCUGGGAGGAGGGGCGAGGGGCGGAGCUUCUGGUUCAGCUCAGCAGCACGGCGCAGGAAGCUCUCGCAGCAACAUGGCUGCCGCGGGGGGGCUGCUGGGGGUUCCCUCCCAGAGUCCAGGUCAGGAUGAGGGACCAGGGAUGUUCGGACUCGGGUUGAGUCGAGGUGAUGAAGACAUGUGUGAAGUCAGCGCAGAUGAAAGCAGCGUGACUUAGAAGUGGGUUUGGUUCAGAGGACUCCUGUUUCUGAGCAGUUCUGUGGAUUUCCUUCACAUGAAUCCAAACAGAGAAAGAGAUACAGACCCAAAAAAACUCUAAAAACAAAAAAAAAUCUGCACUUUGUUACAAGACAGUUUAAUGUGAGGCCUUUGUGGACUCAAACCUGUGGAGUUAAAUUAUUCACUGCAAUGAAAAUGACCUCAUGAACACGGACCUGCCGUCCCUCCAUAAACUACACAUUUAACUUUGUGAUGUUUAGCAUCUUUACUUUUUCUGUUUCUGUAUGUUUCCAACAACAAAACCAAAAAUUAGAUUAAAAAAAACAUUUUAUUUCUGUAAAAACAUCAGCAGUAGAGAAAAUCUGAGGUUAAAACUACGAUUAUCCAAAUGUCUAAAUAAUGAAAUGUGUUCCUGACAGGAAGUCUGAAACAUUCCACCAUCCAAUGAGCUUCUGUGAGGAAGCUGCUGCUUUGUUCUAUGUAUCGUUCAGAGUUUUAAUCCCCACCACUGUAAAUAUGUAGAAAUAUAUGAAUAUACUGAUCUCAUCAGACAUUGAAAAUGUUUCAGUGUUGACUCACGUUUGUAAUCAGAAAUGUUAAGGUGUUGCUGAUCAUUUUCCUCACAGGUACUUGAAAGCCUCGUAGCUUUUGUGCACAAACGUCCCGUUUUCCUUAAAGACACCGACAUGACCUCACUGCUCGAUGGAAAUGAGUUUUUAUUUAGCAGAAACAUGUUUGACUGACAGUGAUCAUUCCAGAGGGAAAGAUUUUGUGAAUCAGUCGCACAGAAAUAAAAAGAACUUCACAGAAGCAGCAGCUGAUUUGUUCAUUCUUAGGAUCAGUUUGAUGCUAAUCUUUCUGCUAACUGAAUAUAUGAUGAUGAAUCUGUGAAAAAGGAUUUUAAUAAAUGCUUUACUUCACCUUU